AUUGGUUGCUGAAUGGGAUACCAUACAUUCCUGAAGCAUGACACGCAUAUAUGAUAAUUUUUGGCUUAUAUAUGUAGAUAGCCACAGAGAUUUUUGGUGCAAACUGAACUCUUUGACUCGCAGCUUUCAAUUAGCUUUUAAAGCAUAUUUGCAGAGUUGGACUUGUAUUUUACCUCAAGGUGCAAUCAUUGUUACAACACCACAAGACAUUGCAUUACUAGAUGUCACACGUGGAAUAGAAAUGUUUAAGAAGGUGUCUAUACCGGUGUUUGGAGUAGUUCAAAACAUGAGUGUUUUUCAGUGUCCACACUGUGGUCAUGCAACACACAUAUUUGGCCAUAACGGAGCUCACCGACUAGCAAAACAAAUUGAUCUACACGUUCUAGGUGAUGUACCAUUAGAUGUAGCUAUCCAAGAAACUUGUGAUAGAGGGCAGCCUAUUGUUGUGUCACAGCCCAGUUGUUCUCAGCUAGUCAAAAGAGUAUGCCAACAUAGCACAGCAAGUUCUUGUGAAGCUUGGCUAUCGGAAGAGCUAACAUCAGUGGCACAUUUCAUACAUCUCUAUGUAUUUCGCACAAUUUGCUAGACUUUCAUAAUAUAAGUAAACUGCUGUUGUUGCCAUGAUUCUUGAUGCAUGUUGACUUGAUACGUUUUGUUUGUUAAUGUUGAUUCAUUGACUAAAUACCGUACUGACGCGAGUAAUACCCCAGUCCUCCAGUAAAUUCCCAUCCCCACCUUUGGUCCAGGUCCUAAGA